AUGGAUCAUUCAGCAGUCGAUGACGAUGAUGUCCGCGCCACAGAGCUGGAAACCCUCGAGGCCAUCUAUCCCGAGCUUCGCCGUCCAGAUGGCGCUGGAUUCGUUUUUGAGCUGGAGCUGCCCGUGGAACCGGCUGCCCCUGUGACCGUGACCUUUCCUGCUGCUGCUGAGCCUGGUCAGGCUCUCAACGGCUCGGCCUCUGAUGCACCGGCGUUGGUAGACUCUCUGCAAGUCUCUCACCUACCUCCUCUCACCAUGCAUAUCACGCUUCCGGAUGGCUAUCCCGCAGAAUGCCCGCCCCUGGUCAAGAUCUCAACCACUCCUCAAUGGCUCUCGGCUGAAAAGCUUGCACAUCUUGCGGGAGAAGCAUCUCAACUGUGGGAAGAAAUGGGACGGGACCUGGUGGCCUACACUUAUAUCGACCACAUACAGCGGGCUGCUGACGAUGUGUUUGGGUCCAUUACGACUGAGGGAACUCUCCAGGUCGAUCCAGAGCAUAAGCUCGCUGUGCUAGACUACGAUAUCAAAGCCAAGAAGGCGGCCUUUGACAAGGAGACGUUCAACUGUGGCAUUUGUUUAGAUCCCAAGAAAGGAUCAAAGUGUCACAAGAUGCUUGACUGCACUCACAUUUUCUGCUUGCAAUGUCUCCAAGAUUUCUACAAUGAUGCCAUCAAAGAAGGCAACUUGUCGACUGUUCGCUGUCUGGCCCCCAACUGUGCUAAAGAGCGUUCUGCGGCUGCAAAGGAGGAAGGGGAAAAGAGACGCAAGCCCAAGACUUUCAUCAGCCCCAGCGAGUUGCUUCAGAUUGGCCUCUCUGAGGACAUGGUGAAGCGCUAUGUUGACCUCAAGUAUAAGACGGAGCUUGAAUCUGACAAAAACACCAUCUACUGCCCUCGACAGUGGUGCAACGGAGCUGCGCGCUCCAAAAAGCACAAGAAGCCUGAAGGUCUCGACUUUGGCGAAGCUUCAGAUGCUGAGUCUGAUCAGGACGAGAAGGGGGAAGCCAACGGAAAGAGCAAGAAAGUAGCAGACAAGUUCAAUCGCGGUGACCUUUUAUCUGUCUGUGAGGAUUGCGGAUUUGCCUUUUGCAGUAGAUGUUUCCAGUCAUGGCAUGGAGAGUUCUUCCAAUGCGCCCCCAGACGCAAAGACGGCGAGCUUACCGAGGACGACAAGGCUUCUCUCGAGUAUCUCAAGCUGCAUACGAGUCCCUGCCCAACUUGCAACGCCCCGGCACAAAAGACUCACGGCUGUAACCAUAUGAUUUGCUCGCGAUGCGAUACACAUUUCUGUUACCUUUGCUCCUGUUGGCUGGAUCCAGGGAAUCCAUAUCGACACUACAACCAACAGGAAGAUGGCAAGGUUACAUCAUGCUAUAUGCGCUUGUGGGAGCUGGAAGGUGGCGAUGGCGAUGAUGUUGGUAUCGGAUUCGCUGGUGGACGAGGUGCUGCGGCAAACAAUGGUGCGAACGAAGCCGUGCCGGAAGGUGAAGAGGCUUUGGACGAAAUUGGCUUGGAGAUUGAAGAGGUGGACGACGAGGUCGAGGGUGACGCCAAUGUCAAUGCCAACGCCCCGGUGCAGCUUGACGAGAACGGCCAGAGAUUAACAACGGCAACAAUAACAACAACAAUCAGGGACGUGGCGGGCAUCGAGGUGCAGACAACCAACCCGUCAGAGCCCGCGGCGGAGGAGCAGCAAGAGGCCGUGGUGCGGCACAUGGUCCGAAUCAUCGUGGAGGCCAAGCCGUCAACAAUGCUAGAGGCCAUCCUGCCAACCGUGCAAGAGGUGCUAGAGGUGAUGCCCGUCGAGGUCAUGACGGCGGACGUGGAGGAGCGCGAGGUAGAGCUGGAGCUGCAGGUCGAGGAGGACGGGCUGGAUGCCGAUCAGGAGGCGUGGGUUAGACACUUUGUUCGGAUGGCACUCCUCGAUGCGGAAGAUGAGGUUGAGGGCGGCGAUUCAGACGAAGAGGACGAGAAUUGGCGUUUUCGGUGA